AUGGCAGAUGAUGAAAGGCUCGAGGAAGGGAUCCAGACAGGAUUUCCUCAAUCGCCAUCAGGUUUCGACGCCGAUGAACGCAUCUCAUUCUCCAGGUUAGACAACAAGUAUCUUCUAGAAACGGAAGAAGGCAACGAAUUCGAAUGGGACACGGCACUGAAACGAUGGAUUCCAGUGCUGGACCAAGCUCUCCUGGACCAACAAGGCGAAAUAUACAGGGUGGCAGGUGUAGAUGAGAACGAGACUACAAAUCCCAGACAGAAGAGGAAGAAUGCCAAUGGUGAUGAGGCCGGUCAUAAACAGAAGAAGACCCGAGUCAAUACCGCAGUCUAUGUCACCUCUAUCCCACUUGAUGCGGACCAAGAAGAGAUCAACCACGUAUUCUCCAAAUGCGGCGUCAUUGCAGAAGAGAUAGACUCGGGUAACCCACGCAUCAAAAUGUACGAAGAUGACCAAGGACAAUUCAAGGGAGAUGUAUUGGUGGUUUAUUUCAGGCCUGAGUCUGUCAAACUCGCGGUUCAGAUGCUUGACGACACCGAUUUUCGCCUAGGUACCGAGGGCCCUUCAGGUAAAAUGAGGGUACAAGCAGCAGAUUUCUCCUACAAGAGUCAACAGGAAGCUCCGGUCAAGAGCAGCAAGAAAGAUCAAAAGAAGAUCAUUAAACGGACACAAAAGAUGAUGGGGAAACUCACCGACUGGGAUGAUGACGAUCCACAAACGCUUCAAGAUACCAGUUCCAAAUGGGAUAAAGUUGUCAUCAUGAAGCACAUGUUUACUCUUGAAGAACUACAGGAGGAUCCUGCCUCCAUGUUGGAGAUCAAAGAGGACAUUCGUGAAGAAUGUGCCAAGCUCGGAGUUGUCACCAACGUCGUGCUCUUCGAUAAAGAAGAGGCCGGGGUGGCGAGUGUCAAGUUCGCCAGUGCGGAAGCCGCCAGUGCAUGUGUGAGGCUCAUGCAUGGGCGAUGGUUUGAUGAUCGACAACUUGAGGCCACCAUCGCAACAGGGAAUGAAAAGUUCAAGAAGUCCAGUGACAAGACAAUCAAUCUAGAUGAUGACGAGGAAGAAGGCGAAGGUGGAAGACUAGACAGAUUCGGGACCUGGCUGGAGGAAGAGGCAUGA